CCACAGACGAGACAGGUGCAACUGCGAGCCGAGCCGACUCGAGCGUACGCCACGCUAGUGCUGCUUGCAGAGACUCUGAGACGCCGCUACCCAUGAGCAAGGACGAGGCGGACUGUGAGGCGCCUCCGGCGACGCCGCCGCCGUCUUCGCAGCACUGCGGCGGCCGGCGUGUCUCCUGGGCCAACACGGCCGCCGUCGCCACCCUCAGCCCCCCGCCGCCGGAGCCCGCACGGCACAUCAGCGUCUUCAGGACUGCCCUUCCUCAGAUUCUGGCAAGCUCGGUGAAGAACCUUCUGCUCCUCGACCUGGGUAUGGUGGUCGCCUACCCCACCAUCAUGAUACCCGCCCUGCAGAACGAACCGUCUGCCGGCGAACUCCGCCUCAACGACGAACAGACGUCUUGGAUCGGCAGCAUCGCGUACAUCUGCCAGCCGGUGGGGGCGGUGGUGGCGGGCGCGCUGCUCGAGACGCUGGGCCGCAAGCGCUCGAUGCUGCUGGUGAACGCGCCGCUGCUCGCCGGCUGGCUCGUCUUCUACUGGGCGGCGCGGCCCGAGGCGCUGUACGCCGCCUGCGCCGUGCUGGGGCUCAGCGUCGGCUUCAUGGAGUCCUCCGUGGUCACCUACGUGGGCGAGAUCAGCCAGCCGGAGCUGCGCGGCAUGCUCACCUCGUACGCAGAGCUGUGCGUCUCUGUGGGCUUCUUCGUGGAGUACCUACUGGGCACGGUCACCGACUGGAGAAACGCUGCUCUGAUCAGUGCCCUGCUGCCCAUCAUCUCCGUCAUACUCAUCACUCAGGUGCCGGAGACACCCAUCUGGCUGGUGUCGCGCGGCCGCACCAAGGACGCGGAGAACGCGCUGCGCUGGCUGCGGGGGUGGGUACAGCCGGCGGACGUGCAGGCCGAGCUGAACGAGCUGUGCGCCUACUACAAGCAGACGGACGCGGACGAGGCGUCGGCGGCGCAGUCCGGCACGCCGGGCCGCUACCGCAAGCCGGCGCCGCCCCAGCCGCCGCCGCUGCGGCGCGCGCCGGACGUCAUCCCGGCGAGGGCGCUGUCGCUGCGGCGGAUGUCCGCCGAGAUGAUGACGCCCGACGAGGAGGCGGCGGCCGCGCUGGCCGCGCUGCACGAGCGCCACCGCGGCUCCCAGAACUUCCCCGUCGGACUGCCCGCCUUCGCCGCCCCCCGCAAGGAGGUGGAGGACUUCCCGGAAGACGACGACGACGAGAUCGCGGCGUGGUGCGAGUCCGCGGCGUGCCGCAAGGUGGUAGCGCUGCUGGGGCGCGGCACGCUGAAGCCGUUGCUGGUGGUCAGCGUGCUCUUCUUCUUCCAGAACUGGGCCGCCGCCACCGCCGUCCGCCCCUAUGCCGUCGAGGUCUGCGACAAGUUCGGCAUGCCCAUCGACUCGCACUGGGCCACCGUGGCGACGGGCGCGACCGGCAUCGUGGGCAACGUGCUGUGCAUGGUGGCGGUGCACUGGACCGGCAAGCGGCCUCUGACGCUGGCGUCGCUUGCGCUGGGUACCGCCUGCUGCCUGCUACUGGCCGUCUACGCGCAGGCGCACACCGCGCUGCCGCCGGGUGAGACGCUGCCCGUGGGCAGCUGGGCGCCGCUGCUGCUCUUCGUUCUGCUCUACCUCACGUGGUCGCUCGGCAUCGUGCCCAUCCCCUGGAUGCUGCUCAGCGAGAUCUUCCCCUACAGAACCCGAGGGCUGGCGGCGGGGGUGGCCGCGGCGCUGUCGUACGUGUGGGCCUUCACAUCCACCAAGACGUACCUGGGCAUGGAGGAGCAGCUGACUCUGUACGGCGCCUUCUACCUGUACGCCGCCAUCAGCGCCGUCGGGUUUGUGUUCGUCUACUUCCUGAUGGCGGAGACUGAGGGCCGCAGCCUGCAGGACAUCGAGCGCCACUACGCGGGCCCCGCGGAGGACGCCUGCGGCGGCUCGUCGCAGCCGCCGCCGGCCCUCAAGAAGCCGCGCACUUCCGCCACUUCCGAGACUGGCAGCACCGGCGCAGACGGGUGCGGCUCCCGUCCGACCAGGUGCGAAGAUACGCCGCAAGAUAGCUCUCACGCGAGUGACGCCCCAAACUCGCAGACAGAUGUCGCCAUCGGCAAAACCACCAUCUCUGACGACGACGAGAAAACCGCUGCCAAGAAACGAGACAGUUGUCAGCCUGCGGCUCCCAUUCGUGCCGAAUUAGUCUCCGGCAAUCCCGAAGGCGAGUGUCGGCCCAAGCCAAACGUCGACGGAGACACGAUUUAUGCUCCAAAUUCGGGAGAUGAACCAAACGGCGUUGUCGGCCGCCCAGUUGACCAGACGUCGAGUAAUGAAAGUUCUCACUCUCUGAACGACAGCUCUCCAUCGCAAAACGACAGUACCUCGGAAAAGUUGCAGUGCUCACCAACAGACGAAUCCGCUUCGAGCGACAGAAACGACCACAAAGAAGAUGACGCAUCAAAAAACUCAAAGGGUGUUUUGUGCGACAGGGAUAUCCAGGCGAGCAACCAGUGUAAUGGACAUCACAAACCAGCCACAGUUUCUGAAACAGACGCUGAAAAUGUGGUUAGUUCUGCAAAGAUGUGAAGACUGGAAACAAAUAUUAUGGACGACAAUGACCAUCUUAUAUUUUUAAGUACAAAGAAGACUCAUGGUGUGUGUAAGUGCAAGAGAGAGCAAUUGUGUCUCGGGUUCAAGUAUUAUACGUGCAAACUAAAUUGACACUCGGCACAUUGGAUGACGGGAGUGACUGUAAACGGGAUAUGCGGAGGCUCCCAUCAGCUGUCGCACCUAGUGUCAACUUAGUCUGCGAGUAUUUUAGAUGCAUGUGUGACGUGUAGUCUAGUCGACAUCUGAUUGAUAUGUACAUAAAUUAUAUGUUGAACAAUAAAUAUUGUGAUUAAUUUAAAAUAUUUACG